UUGACGUGGCCUAGUUCUUGUCACUGAUUCCACGCGAAAAUAAAGAAGUGAACCGCGGUAGAGAUUUGCCGGUCAUUUCACGAUCAUGGGGCUUACAAUUUCAAGCUUAUUCUCCAGGCUUUUCGGCAAGGUUCCUAUGAGGAUUCUUAUGGUGGGUCUUGAUGCAGCUGGUAAAACAACAAUCUUGUACAAACUCAAACUGGGAGAAAUUGUUACUACUAUCCCCACCAUAGGUUUUAAUGUUGAGACAGUGGAAUACAAGAAUAUCUCAUUCACUGUAUGGGAUGUUGGUGGCCAGGACAAGAUUCGGCCUUUGUGGAGACACUACUUCACAAACACACAGGGACUGAUUUUUGUGGUGGACAGUAAUGACAGGGAAAGAAUAGCAGAAGCUAAUGAUGAACUACAAAAAAUGCUCCAGGAAGAGGAAUUGUCUGAUGCCAUACUACUGGUGUUUGCUAACAAGCAAGACUUGCCAAAUGCUUACUCAAUCUCGGAAAUAACAGAUAAGCUAGGACUUCACAGUGUCAAAUCAAGAAAGUGGUAUGUUCAAGGUACUUGUGCAACUCAGGGAACAGGGCUGUAUGAAGGACUUGACUGGCUCUCAAAUGAACUCACCAAGUAAAUCUUCCAAAAGGAAAUCUCUAGAGUUUUUUAUACAUAAAAUAUGGUACACUUUUGUUUAAUAAUUUCCCUCCCAACAACUUUUUGAAAUCAGUUUGCUGAAAACUCUAGCAAGUUAUGUAAAGUAAAGCAAUCAAGCAAGCAAGUCUGUCAGCCUAUUAUGUUUCGUAUAUCUUUGUUGUGGCUGUAGUCUGUGGAUUGCCAAUCUUAAGCUGUAAACUCCCUUAAAAAAACUUUGAGAAGAACCUUUUUUACUCCAGUUUCACAAUGCCAGUUAGAGAGUGUUCAGUUCAUUGAUUAAAUGCAGUUGUGAAUGGCAUAAUUUCCAGCUAGAGGCAUACUGCAUUUCCUUCAUUGUGGUUUAAAAUGUUUUAGGUUUUGCUAUUAACAAUAAUUGCAGCUUGCUUAUAGAAAUGUAAUUUAAUUUACACCAAAUUCAGUGGUAAGACCUGAUGGUGUCUAUAUUAAUUUGAAUUAUUCUAGUAUGUAACACAAUUGGACAGCAAUUUCUUAGCAGUAGUUCAAUUGCAUUGAUACAAUUUAGACUCCAUUAGACAAGACACAAUUGUUGAGAAGUUUCUAGUGUAGUCAUGUUUUCAUAAUACAAUCUAGUGAUACAAAAACAGUGGGAAUGGUAGCCUGGCAUUACUUACAGCAAACAGAGAAAAGAAGGGAAAGAAGUUAUUUACAGCAGUGGCAAAGGGCCUGCAUUGGAAAAUAGUUUUUGGCAAAUUAAGGACCUUGGUUGCCUGGCCUUGCAUUAGGCAGCAGGUUUGGUUUCAAGACAUAAGCUUCUUGUGUUCUGAUUUUUCAUCAUUGGGAUUUACAGAGCAACAAAUGACAAGUACAAACACUAAAUUUUCAGUCAAAAGUCAAAAGGGAUCCAUGAUUCCAAUAGUUUUUUUAUGGACACUUCAAGAUAAUUUCUCUUUGUCUUGAUAAUCCAUUUUGGUCACUUUGGAUUUCAUCAGAGAAAAGCUUCAAGUCUAAUUUGUUUCUAUUACUAAUACCUAAUUGGGCAUAUUGUAGCAUUUUACUUCAGUAAAGAUAAACCUUUGUUCAUCUGUGUAAGUAAAGUAUUUGAGAAAAAUUGUUAAAAAAGCAAAUAAAAAGGUAGAACUCAUCUUA